AUGUCCACAUCGCCCUUCGUUACUGGUGUUGUAACACGAGUAAAGAAUGCACUCACUGAAGAUCAAGAACGUGCUUUACGGGAUGAGCUUGCCAGGGUUGAAUCAGCCAACCUAGAUGGCAAAUUCACCGAGUCGUUGAAUGACUUAGUCGAGAAACGGCUGAUGCAGAUGGUGAGUGACAGAAGGGCUGCUGGGGGACCGCAAGGAGGAUGCGAUGACGACAUUGACACUUUGGCUUCCAACAGCGACUUCGUGCUACCUUUCCUUAAGCAACUACUCAAUGAGUAUCAAAGAGGCAACUGGCCUAAAAAAGCUACCGCCCUGACUGUGAACAUGGGCACGAUCGUUUCUGGUAUCACCGGUGCGCAGAGGGCCGAAAAGGAAGCUGAGCUACUGGCUGGAAUGAAAGGUGUAGCGUCCGUCACAACCGAUUCCGACCAAGCGCCGAUACGUUCUGAGAACAUUGAGACUUUGAUUCACUCAAGACCAACAGGGAUGGACACCACUGAAGUCGGACGCGGGAACCUCACCGUAGCGGAGAGUCCCGACAAAGGGUGGUUCUGUGAGAGUUGCAAUAGAGCUGUUUAUGAAUUUGCAUGCAAGUCGUGUGGCUCUACUAUUAAUAACAGAAUUAGGAAUGGACGGCGACCGAGGCUGAAACCAGGACAGUGGGAAUGUUGGGGAGCAGAUUGUAAUUAUCUCAACUACAAGCAGCACAGUAUUUGCCGGAAGUGCGGUAGGGAUAAAAAUGUGGAAGAGGAUGACACGUGGCCUGACAAGAGACAAGUGUUCGAGCCUCUCGACCCACUACUGGACGCCCCACAGAAGGAAUUCGACUUCGCCGCGGAGAGGUUGAAGACGGAGGCGUUAAAGGUAAUCGUCUAUAAUGAGUACUAG